AUGUCGCUUGGAAGGGUAUCCAGUCCGAGUGGUGCCAGUGAAGCAAGUCAAUCUUCAUCUUAUUCGACCAAUCAGCGGGAAGGGCAUAAGAAGACAAUAUAUGGUGUCGCAUUUAGUCCGUAUCUUAUUGCUAGUCCACAUUUUGCGACUGUUGGAGAAAAUCGAGUAUCGAUAUAUGCAAUCACGAAAGAUGGAAACGGUGUAAAGCUGUUGAGAAGUUUUCAUGAUUCAGCGAAAACGGAAUGGUUUUUUUCCGUAUGUUGGGCAUAUGAUACUGAGAAUGACGUACAUGUCGUAAUCGCCGGUGGAAAUCGAGGAAUUAUACGAGUGAUAGAUGUCGUGACGGGUGAUCUCGUUAAUAGUUUAAUAGGACACGGAGAUGCUGUCAAUGACGUUCGUGUUUUUCCAAACGAUUCCAUGAUUAUUGCUUCAGCCAGCAAAGAUUUCACAGCUAGGAUAUGGAACAUUCAUAACAGUGCUUGUCUAGCUAUUCUAGGAGGAGUCGAAGGCCAUUUGGAUCAAGUUAUAUCAGUAGAUUUUGAUGCUGAGAGUGAAUAUUUGGCAUCUGCAAGCAUGGAUCAUACCAUCAAGUUGUGGUAUGUAGGAAAGGGGAGUGGUGUUGAUCGUCUAGUUGAGCAGUCCAAAGCUGAUCUCAGACUGGUUGAUUUCCCAGCCGAAAUACAUUAUCCUCGUUGUAGCACCCGCGAUAUACAUACCAAUUAUGUUGAUUGUGUUCGUAUUUUUCACAGGCUUAUAUUUUCCAAGUCAACCGAAAACGAAAUCGCUUUAUGGAAAUUUGGUGACUUUGACGACCUGGUCGCUGGACAAGGUAAUAAGGUAAAGACUGAGACAUGCGUUAUUCAUUUUCGUCAAAUGGAAUUACCCGAAACUAAUAUGUGGUACAUUAAAUUCGAAAUUGAUCCAUUGGAAAAGUACCUUGUCUGCGGUAAUCAAAAAGGUGAAAUUCAUGUAUGGGAAAUUAACAAUGGUUCAUUGCCAUCCAUAAAAAGCAAUCACGUAUUGCAUCUUAAAGAUGUCGGGUGUGCUAUAAGGCAGAUUGCAUUUAGCCCAUGCGGUCAGCAUAUGAUUGCCGUGGCUGACGAUGCAAGUAUAUCCAGGUUUGCUAGACGAAUGUGA